CAAGGGGAUCAAGCCACACAAGGUCAGGCAUCUCAAAGUGAAAUUUCAUCCCAGUGUGUUACACAAACUGAAUCUGCAGUUAUGACUUUCACAGGUUCCAAUGAGCAAGCUGGAAGCAGAGAAAGAGGGAGAACAAAUGGUAGGGGUAGAGGAAGGGGGAGAAAUACUUCAGUUACACAUAAUGAAGGUGGAAGAGGUUCCAAUGAAAAUGCUGGUACUAAAGGAAAAGGUAGAACAAAUGCUAGGGGCAGAAGAAGGAGAAAAGAUGUGGGCAGAGGAAGGGGAACAAGUGUGAGCAGAGGAAGGGGAACAAGUGGGAGCAGUGAGUAUGCUCAGUUUUGAGACUUAUUUGAUCUGCUUAUGGACUUAAUUACUAAGUAGACUGCACUUAUGAACUUAAUUACUAGGUAAAUGGUGUUAUACAUGGGUCUUAGUUGCAACUCACUUUUAUUUUAUGUUUUUUUGUAAGUGAGUUGCAACUGAGAUGAUUCUUUUGGUAUAGAUGCAAAUGGUACUGGUAUAGAUGCAAAUGGUGCUAGUGUAGAUGUAAAUCAGUGGAUGCACGUGACCUUUUUUGGGAUGCACAUGGCCUUUUUUUGUAUGCACAUGGCAUUUCUUUUGGUAUAAAUACAAUGGUGU